UCACUCUCGAAGACGGCGCUGUACCUUUGCGCGGAUGUAUCUACCGCAUGAGCGAAGAGGAACUUCAAGUGCUUCGGGCACAACUAGACGACAUCUUAGCCAAGGGCUGGAUUUGCCCUAGCUGUUCGCCAUACGGUGCUCCCGUUCUCUUCGUCCGGAAGGACAACAAGGACCUUCGGUUGAGCAUCGACUACCGGAAACUUAACGUGCAAACGAUCAAGAACGCCGGCCCUCUCCCUCGGAUCGAUGAUCUUCUCGAGUCACUCGGCGGCGCCAAGUACUUCUCAAAGCUUGACCUCAAGUCCGGAUAUCAUCAGAUUGAGAUCCAGCCAAGAGACCGGUACAAAAUCGCGUUCAAGACGCGAUAUGGGCACUUUGAGUGGAUCGUCAUGCCUUUCGGUCUCACCAAUGCCCCGACUACUUUCCAAGCGGCCAUGACAACGAAAUUCCGCGACGUACUCGACCGCACCGUGCUCAUUUACCUCGAUGACAUCUUGGUUUAUAGCCGGACGCUGGACGAGUAUCUCGAGCACCUUCGCGCCGUUUUGGAGCGGCUUCGUAUCGCCAAGUACAAGGCGAACCGCGACAAGUGCGAGUUUGCCCAGCAAGAACUGGAGUACUUAGGCCAUUACGUCACGCCGCAAGGCAUUCGUCCGCUUGCGGACAGGGUACAAGCUAUUCAAGAUUGGCCAGACCUCAAGUGUACUAUCGACGUCCGCUCCUUUCUCGGCUUGGCAUCGUACUACAUGCGCUUUGUCAAUGGAUUUCAACGUAUCGCUGCACCAUUGUCGCGACUUCGGUCCCCCUUGGUGCCCUUCGAGUUCAGCGACGAGGCCCGGCAUGCGUUUCACACGCUGAAGACGACUUUGCUUCAAGCUUCCGUCUUAAGCAUCUACGACCCGACUUUGCCCACCAAAGUGACUACGGACGCUUCAGGUUACGGCAUUGGUGCGGUUUUGGAACAACAUGACGACACAGAUUGGCAUCCGGUUGAGUACUUCAGCCAAAAGGUGCCGUCCAUCAACACUCUUGAUGAUGCGAGGAAGAAGGAACUCCUAGCUUUUGUCACCGUACUUAAGCGUUGGUGUCACUUUCUCCUCGGAAGUCGGCGAUUCAUGUGGGUAAUGGACAACAAUCCCUUGACGUACUACAAGAUGCAAGACACGGUGAGCAGCACGAUCGGUCGAUGGAUGUACUUCAUUGACCAGUUCGACUUCACCUCCAAGCACAUUUCGGGUUCCUCGAACAAGGCAGCGGAUGCUCUCUCGCGAAGACCUGAUCUUUGCGCCUUGGUGCACUCCACAUUCGGCCUCGACGAGAUCCUGCAACAGCACUUCGUAAACGGCUACAAGUCGGAUCGGGGAUUCUCCACACUCCAUGUGGACUUAUCAUCGGACCAAUCGCCGACAAGCAAUUAUCGCAUUGUCGACGGCUACUUGCUUCUUCAUACACGAGGCAAGGACUUGUUGUGUGUUCCGCAAGACCGCAUCUUGCGCACUCGCCUCCUUGGCGAAUACCAUGAUUCGCGGCUGGCAGGACACCUUUGCGUCGCACACACACUAGCACGACUCCGCCAGCGAUUUCACUGGCCAGACAUCAUCAGCGAUGUCAACUGGUAUAUUCAGUCAUGUGCAGUUUGCCACCGGAACAAAGGGCGCCAUCAGCUCCCUUAUGGCGAACUGAAACCAUUGCCGAUUCCUCGAGCAUCGGGUCUCUCCAUUGCUAUGGAUGUGACCGGUCCUUUCCCUCACGAUCGCCUUGGUCAUGAUGGUAUCCUCACGGUCCUUGACCGUUUGAGCAAGUACGCACGAUUUCUUCCAUGCAAGUAUCAUGCGACGGCUCCCGAGCUCGCACGAACCGGCUGUUUUGGCAGCCACGGCGUUCCGGAAGACAUCGUCAGCGACCGCGACACUCGUUUCAAGUCGGCCUUUUGGACGACACUCAUGGUGGAAUCCAGCACCAACAUGAAACCGAGCUCCCCACGGCAUCCUUAAACGGAUGGGCAAACGGAACGU